AUUUAUAAAUACCAUCUUCCCUUUAAAGACUUAUUCAAACCUUUCUUCCUUCUACAACACAAGCCUAAUCACAAAAACAAAAUCCCCAUUCAACAUGUCAACCUUAAACCAACUUUUCAAUCUCUCUGAACAGAUUUGUUAUGUACAAUGUGGUUUCUGCACCACUAUUCUACUGGUUAGUGUUCCAUGUAGUAGCUUAUCAAUGGUGGUGACAGUAAGAUGUGGGCAUUGCACAACUCUUCUCUCAGUCAAUAUGAUGAAAGCCUCAUUUGUUCCACUUCAACUCUUAGCUUCACUAAGCCAAACUCAUCAUGAGCAAAAAGAAGAGGUAGAUUUAGAAGAAAUAGAGGCACAAAAUGCCAUUGACACGUGCAGCCCUGUGGUUUCUUCUGACAAUGAAGAAGGAGAUAGUGUCUCUGUGAAUCAAAUUGUUAACAAACCUCCUGAAAAAAGACAAAGAGCUCCCUCAGCAUACAACAGCUUUAUCAGAGAAGAGAUUAAAAGGCUCAAAGCUGAAAAUCCAAAUAUGGCUCAUAAGGAAGCGUUUAGUGCAGCUGCUAAAAAUUGGGCUCAUUUUCCUCCAACUCAGUACAUAGAAGAUGGAGAGAGCUGUAAUCAGAAAGAGGAGGAGAAUAAUUCAACAUGGGAUUCUCAUGAUGUCAAUAAUAAGGUUGAUGAAGAUGGCAAAGUUUUCUUUCAAAAAAAGGGCAUCAAAGAUAUCUCUACAUACAAAUAUGAAAAGAAAAAUACAACCAUUGUUGAAGGGGUUGAUUUGAUCUAAUUUUCCAUUACAAGCAAGACUUUCUAUUUAGAGGGAGCCAAUAAUUAAAAUUGGGUUAAUCAUAAUGAUGAGUAAUGUAGAUGCACUUAAUUAGGAAUGGAGUUAAUUUUUAGUUAAAGUGUCAAUGUGUCAGUCAUUGAAAGAAGUAAACUAGCUUUCAAAAAUGUGAUGAUUCAACAGUUUUGAGAGGUUUUCAUCAAUUUGUUAAACAAAAAACUUUUUCUUGUGUUCAUCAUCAUAAAAAAUACUAUC